AUGCCACAGAAGUUGGUCAGCCAGCACCUUUUGAUGCAGCUGGUGGCUGGGAUGGGCUCUGUUACUCUGGUGGUGGCAUGCCGCUUUCAGCAGAGCCUGUCUGGUCGCCCACUGGAGGACUGUGCAUGCACAGACCUCAGCAUGCACUUAAUUCAGGUGGAUUCAGUGCAGCGCUGGAUGGAAGACUUGAAGCUUAUGACUGAUUGUGAAUGCAUGUGUGUUCUUCAGUCUAAACCAAUCAUCACAGAAGAAGAUACUGAGAGCGAAUGUUCUCUUUCAUCACAACACAGUACAUGUGAUAACUUGCAAUUGUUGCUGAAAAGAGCUUGGAUUAUAAGUACUGAGCUGACCAGGAUAGUUCAAAAACUAGAGAAGAACAGAUGGCAGAGAGUCCAUAGCAUGACAGUGAGAGUCAACUGCCAUGUCCGUUCAAUGAUAAGUGAAUACAGUACAUUCACAAGGAAUUCUUGGGAUGAAAUGCACCAGUAUGAAAAAGUGUUAGUGGAGAAAUGCUCGGAACUUACAACAGUUACUGAAAGGUGCAUACAGAUUGAAGAUGAACAAAUAUUAAAGUCUAUGAAAAUUUGCAUUAAUGAUGCAUUAACCACAGUUGCACAUUAUUUUGGUCAGCUGAUAGAACUAGCUUUAACACAUGAAAUAAAGAACCUUGUAAGGGAAAUAGAUUCAUCGGAUAAUCUGUAUUCUGCUGAAUCCGCUACAAACAAUUUGUUCAGUCUUACCCAGGAAGGUGCUCAUUUGUGUCGCAUCAUUGCUAAGGAGGGAGGCAUUGUUGCUCUGUUUAAGAUCUGCCGUCAGGAUUGCUUCAGAUGCCUUUAUCCCCAGAUGUUAAGGACAUUGGCAUCCAUAUGCUGUGUAGAAGAAGGAAUCCAACAGCUGGAAAAGGUUGAUGGAAUAUUAUGCUUAGCUGACAUCCUUACAGACAACACUCACUCCCAAGCUACCCAUGCAGAAGCAGCAGCUGUAAUAGCACAGAUUACAUCUCCUCAGCUCUCUGUUACUGAGCAUCUCAGUAGCUUUCUUGAAAAUAUGGAGGAAAUAGUCACAGCGCUUCUCAAACUGUGCCAAGAGGCUACUUCUGGAGAAGUUUUCCUUCUGGCUUCAGCUGCACUUGCCAACAUUACGUUUUUUGACACAAUGGCCUGUGAGAUGUUGCUUCAGUUAAACGCAGUGAACAUUCUUCUAGCAGCCUGUUGUGACAGACAGAAAGUAGAUACUCCUUAUUCCCGAGAUCAGGUUGUGACAAUAUUAGCAAACAUGUCUGUCCUGGACCAGUGUGCUUCAGAUAUAAUUGAAGGAAAUGGUGUUCAGUUUUUAAUGGAAAUGCUGUCUGAAAAAUCGUCAUCUGGGAAUUCACCAGAAGCAGCUGCUUGUGAACGAGUUCAGCAAAAAGCUGCAGUUACACUUGCCCGGCUGAGCCGUGAUCCUGAAGUAGCACAUGUCGCCCUGAAGUUCAGCUGUAUACCACGCCUCAUAGAGCUCUGCAGGUCUCCUACAGAAAGAAAUAACAGUGAUUCUGUUCUAGUGGCAUGCCUAGCAGCAUUACGGCGACUAGCUGUGAUGAGUCCUGAUGGCCUUCAAGAAUCAGAUUUCCAGCAGUUGGUAAAGCCAAGACUUGUGGAUUCCUUUCUGCUUUGUACCAAUAUGGAAGAGAGUUUUGUAUAAAUAGACUGUGUAGACAAAUAUAGAUAAAAAGAACAAUGUACCAAAUAGAGCAAUGUACCAAAUAAAGCAGUUGAUGCUAUACAGGAUUAUAUUCUAACAGUAUUAUUUAUGAUGAAGUUGUUAUAAUAUAAAACCAUAUAUUAUAAGACCAUAAAGUUUGGCAAGAACACCAUUCCUUUCUGAUUCCCAGUAGGUUCAGCCGUGGGUUCAGGAGGGGGAGGCUUCCUUCCGUUUCCCUGCUGACUCUGGUUUCAUGGAACUGGGGGAGAACGGGAGGCCCAUGUGCACCUCCUAUUUACUCAUCCAACUUGCCCCUUUGUCUUUAGAAUUUCAGAUAAGAAGUUUGCCAAGGCUCUAAAUCCAGGACAGUCGGGCAAGUAUUUAGGAGAUGCCAUAUACAUCUUAUACACAGCUCUGUUACUUUGAAGGGGGAAAUGAUUCAUUACACACAUAAAAGGAAGGACUGACAGAAUUUUUUUUUCUUAAAUGAAAAAGCAGGUUUUGGGUUGUAGUGGAAAAAACUAGUAGUGGUGGAAGAGCCGAUCACCUCCAAUAAGUCUUCUUUUUUUGAUUUCUAAAAGUGGCUGUUGGGGCUUGUUUUGAAUAGUUUCCCCCCAGUAAUAUUUGUUUUAAUGUUCAGAUUGGACCAAAUUCUUUUAUGAUUAAUAUAUCUUGGACUUGAUGUCUAUAUGUUAUAAUCUUAUCACAAUUUUUAAUAAAAAUAACAUUGUUAACUGAGCUAUCAAUAUAUAAUAAUUUUAACAAAUUAGCUAGAAACAAAGAAGAAUGAAAUGUAGGUUGAUGAAGCAAUCCUGUACUUGGUUGUUGUGGAUUUUCCGGGCUGUAUUGCUGUGGUCUUGGCAUUGUAGUUCCUGACGUUUCGCCAGCAGCUCUGACUGGCAUCUUCAGAAGUGUAGCACCGAAAGACAGAGAUCUCUCAAUGUCAAACUAUGGAGAAGAUGUUAGCAGGUAAUUUAUAUCUACUCAGGAAGGUGGGUUUGGGUUGUGUCAUCCUGUAAGAGUGGGUUUUCUGUACUUUUUGGUGAGCAGCAACCUCAUUGGCUACAAUACUGCCGCUGUGCAAAGUUUCCUCAAGAUACCAUCAAAUCAACACUUCUGCAACUGCCCUUUGGCUGAAGUUGACUCGCUAUCCCUUAUCUUCUUUCACUGUCCAAAACAUGAACUAACCAGAGAGAGAUUUUUUAAAAAAUAGCUACUGAGGCAUUCAAACAUUUCUGACACCUCAAAAUUAAGACUAUUACUGAGUAGCCUUUGUAAAAACUGUAUUGUAGAUGUGGCAACCUUUUCUUUAACUGUUGUUUUUAAUUCUUAAACUUUGUUAGAGUGUAUGGCCUAUGGGCUGUUAAGCUGAAUAAACUGAAACUGAAACUGGUGAGCAGCAAAUUCUCAUUGAUUUUAAUGAAGUUAGAUCGCAGUUGAUGUGAAUGAAAUUCUAAGGGACUGCUGCACAUAUUACACUUGCCAUGCAGCUGCAUCAAAAAGUGACCUGCCCACCAUCUUACCCAAGCCAUGACAUUUAGAACAUUACAUAAUAAUGAUCAACAGCAUUAUGCCAGCAUUUCCAUAUGUCUAAAAAUGGCUACCAGGAAUGCCUGAUGGGAGCAUGAAAAUGUGAUGAUUCUAAAUGUUAUAAUCAAGAUGGUGGCACACUUAUAGAAAGUGUAAAAUGAGCCUAAUUUGCUAUAUGAAAUUAACUGGUAUCCAAAUCCAGUUCGCCUGUGGAUUAUUCUCUCAGAGCCUGACACAUCUGUGCAAUCUGAGCCAUUGCUUAUAAUUUCAUAUUGAAAAGCAUAGAUAUGUAUUUAAUUUCUCAUUCAAAAAGUACAAAUUGUGAGUUGUUGUGCUUUAUUCCUCAUGUAUCUGCUCCCAGGUGAAUGGGGUUUAGGCAUACAUAAAUGAAACUGGAUGCCCCCUCUUGAUUUCAGAGUUUCCACAAAUAUUAAUGUAGCAGUGAUUUCCUGUUAAUUUAGUGGAAAUGUUUUAAAUAUAUAAUCAAACAUUGUGCAACCCUGGCAUGGGAGGCAAGCAUGUUGGAAAAAUCUGCUUUUGCAUGCCAUAUGAUAUUGGAGACAUACUAAAGACAUGAUUUUUUAAAAACCACAUUUAGGUUUAGCUGUUUACAAUUUUUUUGGCUAUGACAUUUCUUGCAUCAUAGAUAUUUCUAUUUGUUUUUGCUUCCAACAAUACAUUAAAGAUAAUUUGCAUUGAAAA